AAGAUGAAACGUCAUAGACCUCCCAGCAGCAGUGACAGUUCGGACGAAAGUCCUUCCACUUCCUUUAUGUCUGGCUCAAUGUAUAGGAGCAAGUCAAGAGUCCAAAAUCAACACAAAAAAUCUGCAGAGGUAUUCCGCAAGGACCUCAUCAGUGCCAUGAAAAUUCCAGAUUCUCACCACAUUAACCCUGACAACUAUUACCUCUUUACGGACACAUGGAAAGAAGAAUGGGAGAAGGGAGUCCAGGUACCAGCCAAUCCAGAAACUAUUCCACAGCCUUCCGUCAGGAUUAUAGCUGAGAAGACAAAGGAGGUUCUGUUUGUUCGGCCCCGGAAGUAUAUCCACUGCUCCGACCCAGAGCCCGCAGAGCCUGGCUACAUCAACAUCUUAGAGAUGGCAGCAUCCGUGUGCCGCUAUGACCUUGAUGACAUGGACAUCUUCUGGCUCCAAGAACUGAAUGAAGACCUUGCAGCAAUGGGUUAUGGGCCAGUUGAUGAGACUCUUAUGGAAAAGACAGUAGAAGUCCUGGAACGCCAUUGCCAUGAAAAUAUGAACCAUGCUAUUGAGACAGAGGAAGGGCUAGGCAUAGAGUAUGAUGAAGAUGUGAUCUGUGAUGUGUGCCGGUCUCCAGACAGUGAAGAAGGGAAUGAUAUGGUAUUCUGUGAUAAGUGUAACGUCUGUGUACAUCAGGCCUGCUAUGGUAUUCUCAAGGUCCCAGAAGGCAGCUGGUUGUGUCGCUCCUGUGUCCUGGGCAUUCAUCCACAAUGUCUCUUAUGUCCAAAAAGCGGUGGAGCCAUGAAGACUACCAGGACAGGGAGUAAAUGGGCUCAUGUCAGCUGUGCCCUGUGGAUUCCAGAGGUCAGCAUUGCUUGUCCUGAAAGAAUGGAACCAAUCACAAAGGUGUCCCAUAUCCCGCCCAGUCGGUGGGCACUAGUUUGCAGUUUGUGUAAGGUGAAGACAGGGGCUUGUAUUCAGUGCUCAGUGAAAAGCUGCAUCACUGCCUUCCAUGUCACCUGUGCCUUUGAGCAUAACCUGGAGAUGAAAACCAUCCUAGAUGAGGGAGAUGAAGUGAAGUUCAAGUCGUAUUGCCUCAAGCACAGCCAAAACAAGCCGAAACCCCUAGUGGAUGCUGAAUACCCGACACACAGAGCUGCCGAGCAGAACCAGGCCAAAAGUGAGAAGAUCAGCCUGCGGGCACAGAAGCUUCGGGAGCUGGAGGAGGAGUUCCAUUCCCUGGUUCGGGUGGAAGAUGUGGCCACAGAGCUGGGAAUGCCCACACUGGUUGUGGAUUUCAUCUAUAACUACUGGAAGCUGAAACGGAAAAGUAACUUCAACAAGCCUUUAUUUCCUCCAAAGGAAGAUGAAGAAAACGGUCUAGUGCAGCCAAAAGAAGAAAGUAUUCACACCCGCAUGAGAAUGUUUAUGCACCUACGACAGGACCUGGAAAGGGUCCGAAAUCUGUGCUACAUGAUAAGCAGACGAGAGAAGCUAAAACUGUCACAGAACAAAAUACAAGAACAGAUCUUCAACUUGCAAGUCCAGCUUCUUAACCAGGAAAUCGAUGAAGGACUUCCUUUGACAAAUACACUCGAAAACUCACUAUUUUACCCACCACCAAAAGCUACCUUAAAGUCAGAAAUGCCCACAGCAGCCACAGAAGACUGCAAAACUAGCUCCGCAGAGUCUGAUCACGGACCCACCCCUGCUGAUAACAGCACCCCUGCUGUCGGUAUAAGGGACACCACGCCGGUACCUCAGGAAUCACUAGAAACAAGAGUGAAGUCGCACCCAAGGCAGCCACUGGAAAGCAAGAAUAACUGUUUGGCGGCCAGUCAUAGCCAUUCUCGGAGUGAAGCAAAGGAUCUCAGUCCUGCUUGGAAAGCUCCAUCCCAAGAGUUACCUCACGGGCAGUCACCGGUUCUUCAGGCUGCCUUGCAUGGACAGCCUUCCGUUGGGAACAGGAAAAUUCCGUCAAACUCCAGGCUUGCCAAACCCAAUGGCAUGGAGGGCAAUUUGCCUGCAGAAGUCACCCAAAAAGACAAUUCAAGUGAGGUGUCUUGUGGCCAGGAGUCCGUGCUCAGCUCCCACUUGGCCAGUCAGGGCAACCUUAAGAAAGCCACCAUGGAACACUUGACCAGGUCCUUUAAGGAGGCCACCAACAGGUGGGUGAGGACCACAGAGGAUCUCCAAUGCUGUGUGAAGCCACCCAAGAGUAACCCCAAGGAGCAACACUGGGGUAAACAACAUCUCAGGCGGUCUGCAGGGAAGGCUUCGUGUCAGGAAAACGAUGGGUAUUGCCCAGAUUUGGAGCUAAGUGAUUCUGAAGCAGAAGGUGAAGGGAAUAAAGAGAAAGUCAAGCUAAAGAGAGACAACUCAGACAGGGAAAAUCCUCCUCGUGACUCCAGACGGGAUUGCCGUGGUAAAAAAACUCAUCCGCUUUCCCAUAGCUCAAUGCAAAGGUGA